CUCGCUCCCCGUUGCUCCCCUGCAACUCUCCUCUCUCUCCCGUAGGCCGUAGCUUUCUUUAUCGUCCUCGAUCCUGCCUACCUCUCGGUGAGGUUCUUACGGAGGCGCUCAGUCGAUUGCUUGGCGUGAGGUUCUUUCCGCGGCACGAGAGAUGGCAGGGGCCUCCGACGACCCUCCAGGGACGUCGCGGCCACCUUCAGCAUGCCAAGAGGCGGAAAGCGACGACGAGGCCUUAUCCCCCAGCGCCUACCUUAUCAGCGGAGAUUCCGGGAGGGAGGACGGGGAACAGAGCACGAGGAUGGUGUUGCCUCCGCCGCCUCCUCAGGAUCCGCGGGCAAUGAACGUUAUGGACGCCUACCGUUUGUUCCUAGAGAGGCAGGAGAGGGAGUUGUCAGUCCACCUGAGGGGACAGGCGGCGAGAGACUAUGCUCGCGGGCUGCCGGAUGGUGGCUCGGCUGCCGGCGAGGAAAAGGAAGCGUCGUCUCCGUGGAGGUUCGUGAACCUCUCCGACCUGAUCGUGCCACAGCCCCCCGCCCCCCAUCAGCCGACGGUGCGCGCCGGGAUUUGCAGGGCUUGCCGACGAUGGAUAGCGACGAUCCCCCGGGUCCCCUACAGGCACGUCUGCUUCUGCGUGCCCUGCCGCUACAGCCGGUGCGCCAGGAUAUGUUGCUCGGUUUGCGGCGCCGGCCGCCGUUUGCGCCGCCGUUCGUCCAAGGCGCGCGCCACCGGCCGUCCACAAGCAGAGCAGGGAGUUGAUCAGUUCCCCGUUGUGGAGACGAUGAUGCUACGUAGUUGA